UCGGGAGUUAGAGAGGUGAAUGUGUCUAUCAGGUGAGAGGAACUUCACCAUCUAUAUAAAUGCAAUGUUCUUCUCUACCGCCUCACUAAAGUCCACUACAGAGUCAUGCUACAGCGUGUGUUAGCCGUGGUGGUAGUGCUGGCGGUGGCGGCUGUGGCCUUCGCCAGCCCGAUUGGCGGCUACGGCGGCGGCUUCGGCGGCGGCUUCGGCGGCUUCGGCGGCGGGAAGGGCGGCGGCUUCGGCGGCGGGAAGGGCGGCGGCUUCGGAGGAGGCGGCAGGUACGGAGGACGUAUCCACAUCAUCUAUGUUCCUGUACACACCCACCACCACCAUGGCGGCUAUGGCGGUUAUUAUGGCGGCGGUGGCGGCUAUUAUGGCGGCGGUGGCGGCUAUUAUGGCGGCGGUGGAUUCGGUGGUGGAUUUGGUGGAGGAUAUAGGGGUGGAUUGGGUGGCGGAAUAAUCAGCGGAGGCGGAUUGGGUGGCAGAGUCGUCAGCGGAGGCGGAUUGGGUGGCGGAGUCGUCAGCGGAGGCGGAUUGGGUGGCGGAGUAAUCAGCGGAGGCGGAUUGGGUGGCGGAGUCGUCAGCGGAGGCGGAUUGGGUGGCGGAGUCGUCAGCGGAGGCGGAUUGGGUGGCGGAGUAAUCAGCGGAGGCGGAGGAGGCGGCGGAGUAAUCAGCGGCGGCGGGGGAGGAGGAUAUGGAGGUUACGGGAAGUGAGGAGACCACAGUGGACGCCUUAGAUCUUUAUUGUAUAUUUAAUUGUGUUGUUUCUCGUCGUUAUUAAUAUAUUCUAUUACUUUUUA